AUGUCAGAAUCAGCCGCUCAAAGAGUAAAAGAAAUAUUAAAGCAUAUUACUCAGUCACACACCGAGCCUUUCAAACCACAAACACCGCUGAGAUUUUCCUCAUCGCCUCGGCUAUCUCCUCUACCCAUUAUGGAGAAUUAUGACUUUCAGGAAAGCCAUAAAUCUGAAGAUUCAGAAGCAAAGAACAUUGCGCUUCUCGGAACUCUCGGCUUCUUUGUACUAAUCGCUAGUUUUGUUAUUUGGGGCUGCCUCCGUCGUCGCUUGGCUGCCUUGGACAAGAAUCGUAUUCCCGACUUUAGUGAUCCCGAGUUAGCGGAGGCGGAGGCUAGUCUUGUUGAGACUUUGGACGAAGCAGCUCGUCAAAAUUAUGAGCGUGCGCGAGUAUUUCAGGAAGCUUACCCACCUGAUAGCGUACCAACAGAUAUAACUUUCACUCAACUCCUCUCUAUUCAAGAGAAAGGUGUCUCGGCAUGGGAAUUUGAACCCGAUCUUCAUAAUACAAGUUCGUUUGUCGAAUGCCGAACGGAAAUAUCGUUUUAUGAUAGUGAAUGUUGCGUUCAAACAAACCUGCCCUUGCCCAAACAGCAAGAAAUAUAUUAUUGGGAAGCCAAGAUGUAUGAAAAAUCACCGUCUACAACAGUAGCCGUUGGUCUUGCUACAAAGCCUUAUCCAACCUUUCGACUUCCAGGCUGGAAUAGACAAUCUAUUGCAUAUUUCUCGGAUAGCGGUUUCAAGUUCUUCAACUCGCCAUUCAACGGAAAAGCUUAUGGUCCACAAUUUCAUCAGGGGGACGUAGUUGGUGUCGGGUAUCGCCCGAGGACUGGCACCAUUUUUUUCACACGUAAUGGUAAAAAAUUGGAUGACGCAUUUACGGGAAUGAAGAUGAAUCUGUUUCCCACUGUCGGUGCAAACGGUCCCUGCUGUGUGCAUGUCAAUUUUGGACAAUUGGGCUUUGUGUUUAUUGAAGCGAAUGUAAAAAAGUGGGGGCUUGCGCCAACGAUGGGAACACUGGCUCCACCUCCUGCUUAUGGUUCUGAAAGAGACUCGAUUCUAGUAGCGUCAGGCUCGAGAAGUUGUCCAUCCAUAAAUAUUUCUCGUAUUGUAAAUACGAAUGUCGACAUUGGACGUUCCAACGAUCUGCUUUCGGAGGCUGCGUUGGAUAUUUCCUUGGCAGACAUUCACCUUCCUCCUCCAUCUUACUCUUCCGUAGAUCAAUUCCCUGCACGGUCCACUGCUCCAGAUACACCACAGCCUUAUCCACAGACAGAAGAUCAAAACGAUUCACGAAGGAACAGUGUUUCGUCAGACACAUAUUUAUUAGCAGAAGAUCCGUAA